AUGUCUGACCCGAGCGAUCCAUAUUCCUAUACGGUUGGGUGGGUAUGUGCUCUAUCGACAGAGUUCACGGCAGCCCAGGAGCAAUUCGACGAGGAAUAUGAGCCGCAUGAAUCACCUGAGCACAGAGAAACAAACGACUUCAAUGUGUACAGUUUCGGCAAGAUCAACGGCCAUAUGGUGGUUGUCGCUGUACUGCCAAAUGGCCAAUACGGGACUGCAUCUGCCGCGACUGUGGCCAAGGAUAUGAUACGUAGCUUUCGCAACAUUCGAUUCGGUCUUAUGGUCGGGAUUGGCGGCGGGGCCCCUACUAAAGACCAUGACAUUCGCUUGGGAGAUGUCGUGGUAAGCUCACCCACGCCCGGGCAAGGUGGUGUAUUCCAGUACGACCUCGGAAAAGCCACAGAAGACGGAUUUCAACAUACAGCAUCCCACAAUAAACCGCCCCCGUUACUUCUUGCUGCAGUAGCAGGGCUCAAAACUCAAUACGAGCGAAAGGGCCUCCAGAUUCAUGACAAGACCAGCACCAUCAUCUCAAACAACAAGAGACUAAGGGCCAAGUAUGGACGUCCGGAGGAUCCAGAUUCUCUUUUCGCCGCUUCGGUCAAGCACAAGGGUCAUCCGUGCCACGAGCUCUGUGUGACGACCCCAAAUGAUCUCAUACCUCGAACGCCACGACAGGAACCUCUGGAAGAUGUCGAAGUCCACUAUGGUACCAUUGCUUCGGGCAACACUCUGAUGAAAGACGCAGCUAAACGAGAUGAACUGGCUUCCAGAGAAGAUAUCUUAUGUUUCGAGAUGGAAGCCGCUGGGCUGAUGGAUGGUUUUCGAUGUCUUAUUAUUCGUGGAAUUUGCGACUAUUCUGAUGCUCACAAAAAUGACCAAUGGCAAGGCUAUGCAGCCAUGACUGCCGCUGUAUAUGCGAAGCAGAUUCUCGGAAUAGUUCGUCCAGAAGCCGUUAUAAGGGAGGAAACUAUCGUCUCAAAAAUAGAUGAAGUUAUUUCCGGCGUGCAGGAUCUGAAACGAUCUAUUGCAGAACAGGAAGUGCUGAACUGGAUAUCCGAUGAGGACUUCGGUAAUUAUCAGCUCGAUGAGCGCAGUAAACAGGCCCCAGGAACCUGUCAGUGGUUUCUUGACUCGCCAGAAUAUCAGGCUUGGACCCAACAGAAAGGCCAAGUCCUUUUCUGCCCGGGCAUUGCCGGGGCUGGGAAAACGGUACUCGCCUCUGCCAUCAUCGAAAACCUUCAUUCUCGCUUUGAAACAGACUCAAGCACUGUCACCGUCCAUAUUUACUGCCGAUAUAAUCGUGUCGAUCGGCAAAGCUUCAACAAAUUGCGGGCGAGUGUCCUGAGACAGCUUUGUGAGCGGCUGUCUCCUCUCCCCGACGGUAUCAUGCAGCUUUACAGCCAAUAUAGGCCCCGACGGAUGGGAGCCCCUCCAGAGAGGAUAGAAUCAGAGCUGGAAUCCUUGUCAGACCCGUUUUCAAGAAUCUUUAUGGUUGUUGAUGCAUUAGAUGAGUGGGCAACGGAGAAUGGGGACCUCUACUCACUACCAGCCGAGCUUCUCCGUCUCCAAAGAAGAUUGGCCAUUAAUCUACUCGUCACCUCCCGGCCAAUCCCCCUCAUUUCAAAUCAGUUUAACAAUUACCCCUCUAUUGCCAUUACUGCUCAGCAACAGGAUAUUCACACCUACGUUAACAAUUUUCGGUGGCCAGAGUCGAGCUGCAUUGGUAAGAUACCAAAACUGAGAGACCUGGUAAAAAGGACAAUGUCACAAAUUGUCAAGGGAAUGUUUCUUCUAGCAAGACUAUACAUCUAUUCACUAGAGAACGAGACCUCGGAAAGAGACGUUGCAGAUGCUCUAAAACGAUUCGAAGACCGAGCGAAUAACAAUGGCAAUGACCCAAAGUUUAACAUUGUGGACCAAGCAUAUGAUGAUACUAUAAGAAGGCUCAGAGAGCAACAUCAAAAUUCUAGUGACUUAGCAUUUCGGGUCCUGGCCUGGAUAUGCUGUACUGGUUGGAAGCUACCAGCCAGUGCAAUCCAGCAUGGCCUUGCCUUACGAGAAGGAGACACUACCUUUCAUGAGGAUGGCAUAAUUGACGAACAGUUACUGCUCUCUGUAUGCUGUGGGUUGGUAGAGAUUCCUCAGGGAACAAGAGAAAUAAGGCUCGCUCACUAUACGACCGAAAUCUUUUUCCAGCAUGACCUGCAUCUGAUUGAUGAAUACUUCCUCGUCCGGCAUUCACUUGACUGUCAAUUACCUUCAAGCUCUGACGCCUAUCUUGCUAGGCAGUGCGUCACUUGUUUGUCCAUUGGCUUCCCCGCACAUCGUCAAGAAGGGAUUGACAUGCAACAUAUUUAUUUCAAAGACACAGAGUACUUUGAUGCAUUGGUGGACGAGCUUGACAGCAAUCCAUUAUACAAAUAUGGUGCAUUCAACUGGAGCGGCCACGUGCGACGGCUUUCACCAUUAGACAAAACCUACAAGACCUCGAUUGACUUCCUCCAAGCACGGGGAAUGGUCGACCAGGCUGUCUUGAUGAUUCUCGAUCUUGGAACUUCGCUUUUCGGGCUCGUUAAUCUGGCAGAGUCACUGAUGAAGAAUCUUGACAUCAAUUCAAUGGACAGCUUUGGCCGGACUGCACUCGUUUGGGCACUGGAGUGUUUGGCUUGCGAAUUUGAGCCCAUACCGCGCUACAGGGAUCCAGACACACCAAAUUUUGACAUAUAUGACGGCAUUCACAUUGAUCGUCGUCAUAUUAUUGAGGCUUUAUUGACGUCAGGUGCGGAUCCACACAUGCCCGGAUGUGAUGGGGACACUGCUCUACACUUGGCCGCCAUCGUAGGAGAUGUCAAGAUCGUCCAAAACCUUCUCGACUGUGGAGUAGACAUUCACGCAUCAAAUUUACAUGGCGAUAUCCCUCUUGUUUUAGCGGUGCGGUAUGGCAAGGAGUCGACUUACAUGAAGCUCCUGGAGCGUGGUGCGGUCGACAUCUGUGGAAAGAAUAGUCGCACAGCUCUGAUUGAAGCUGCUUCCGUUGGAGACUUGGCUCUGGUGAAGACACUUCUUGGGAAAGUUGCUAAGGUGGACAUUUCGGAUAUAACUGGCCAGACUGCGUUGAUGGAAGCCAGCAAACGGGGCCACACUCAAAUCGUUGAGCUCCUCCUCGAAAAUCAGUCUAACGUGGAUCACCAAGAUCACAAGGGUGACACCGCUCUCAUGAAAGCAUGCGUUUAUGACCAAGCUGACGUUAUUAAGCUGCUACUUGCAGCCAACGCCCACCUUGGGAUUGAGAACGCCGAAGGGGAAACUGCUCUUACCAAUGCUGUUUGGCGUUGUGAAGAGGGCAAUAUCAAGCGACUUCUCCGCCACAGCAUGAAUCCUGCCAUUCGAGAUCAACAUGUCGACACUGUUCUUAUUUCCGCAUUCCGUUACAGGCGUCCAGACAUUGUCUCUUUGAUACUAGAAGACGCUGAACUCAGGCCAGCUUCGAAUCAAAUCGAUCGUGUGUUAUCAGAGUCGUGUUCGCGGGGAUGGGAGAAAGUUGUAAGACUCUUGCUUACUCGUGGAGCAAACCUCAAUACCAAAUUUAUAAAAUUAAUGACACCAAUAUCACUUUUGACGCAUGCUAUCUACGAGGCUGGCGAUGCUGUCGUUCUGUUGUUGCUGGAAGCUGGUAUUGACAUUGAAACCGAAGACUACAAUGGCGAAGCAUCCAUUCACGUAGCCGCAACGGUAGGCACAAAAACUAUGGUUCUGGGCCUACUUGAAAAGGGUGUUUCUGUCAACCGUCGUUCCCGUGCAGGACAAUUGCCUUUGGACUACGCAAUGAAGCGUCGAGACAAAGACAUUUCUAUUGCUGACUUACUUCGAAAACAUGGUGGAAUCACUGAGGCACAGCGACUAGUUCGCUUGAUGCGAGAUAAAAGACAGUAG